AUGUCUAAAGGGAAGAUGAAUGCGGAUCUAGGACCUGCGUUAAAGCCCUUUGACGGCAAGGAUGACUUCACGGAUUGGCAAAGGAUGAUGAAGAACGUACUGAUACAGCAAGAUUUGGAUGAUGCACUCAGCGGUGAGAAGCCAACAGGCAUGACAGACACAGCAUGGACUAAGGUUCUUAAGAAAGCCAAGAGUUCCAUCGAGAUCCAUCUCACAAGAUCAGUUCGGUCACACAUCACAGAAAAGAUGACUGCCCAAGAAGCAUGGGAAAAGUUGGAGAAUGUUUAUAUGGGCAAAACCGUGUCCAAUAAACUUUUUCUAAAGGAUGAACUAUUCGGACUUCGACUGGAAGAAGGAGGUGAUAUUGAAGAUCACGUAUGCAGGUUUCAAAUUGCAUAA